CGCGGCCUCUUCCUGUCUGUGCUAGGCAGCGCGUGGUCGGCGCCGAGCGAUCCAGACGCCCCGGCUGCACCCUCAGGAUGACCGAGUGGGAGACGGCCGCGCCCGCGGUGGCGGAGACCCCCGACAUCAAGCUCUUCGGGAAGUGGAGCACUGAUGACGUGCAGAUCAAUGACAUUUCCCUGCAGGACUACAUUGCCGUGAAGGAGAAGUAUGCCAAGUACUUGCCCCACAGCGCAGGCCGCUAUGCCGCCAAGCGCUUCCGCAAGGCUCAGUGCCCCAUCGUGGAGCGCCUCACCAACUCCAUGAUGAUGCACGGCCGCAACAAUGGGAAGAAGCUCAUGACCGUCCGCAUCGUCAAGCAUGCCUUCGAGAUCAUCCACCUGCUCACAGGCGAGAACCCCCUGCAGGUCCUGGUGAAUGCCAUCAUCAACAGCGGCCCCCGGGAAGACUCAACCCGCAUUGGGCGAGCCGGGACUGUGAGGCGGCAGGCCGUGGAUGUGUCCCCGCUGCGCCGUGUGAAUCAGGCCAUCUGGCUGCUGUGCACAGGGGCCCGGGAGGCCGCCUUCCGGAACAUCAAGACCAUUGCUGAGUGCCUUGCUGACGAGCUCAUCAAUGCUGCCAAGGGCUCUUCCAACUCCUACGCUAUCAAGAAGAAGGACGAGCUAGAGCGUGUGGCCAAAUCCAACCGUUGAUCACCAGACUGCAGCCCCAAUAAACCUGCCUGUCUGCCCUUGAGGCAGCUGCACCCAGUGUGCUACUGUGUCUACUUCUGGGG